CCCCCCAUCCACGCGCCAAAACCGCAGCCCCAUCUCCUCCUUAUCUCUCCGUGCCACUGAAAUUCCCUGGGAACAAACACUCACUUCCCAAGGAUAAAUUGUCAAGAUUGAUUUACACGCUAGUGGCUGUGCCGCGACGUGCGGCGGAGGGAGAGAGACAUGUCUCUGCAGUGCACUGCAAACUCACUCCGGGCUCUUGCUGCGCUCCCGGCGCCAUCCUCCUCCCGCCGCCUGGCGAGAAAUGCUUUCCUUAUGCCAUGCCAUACGAGUCGCAUCGGUGCGCUGGUCCGAGCUGCGGAUUCUUCCCCUCCCGCCGCACCCGCGUCAUCGUCCGGAGCAGCCGACAACAAGGCCGUCAUCCCCGACGAUGAGUUCACCCUCGCCAAGGUGUCUUUUGGCGUGAUUGGACUAGGGAUAGGUGGCUCCCUCUUGUCGUAUGGAUUUGGGGCGUAUUUCAAUCUUCUCCCUGGUUCGGAGUGGUCUGCUCUGAUGCUAACCUACGGAUUUCCUCUCACAAUCAUAGGCAUGGCCUUAAAGUAUGCUGAACUGAAACCAGUGCCCUGCAUAACCUACUCUGAUGCUUUUGCUCUAAGAGAAAAGUGUGCUACCCCUAUCCUCAAGCAGGUCAGGAGUGAUGUUACACGCUAUAGAUAUGGUGAUGAGCAGCACCUCGAUGAAGCGCUAAAGCGGAUCUUUCAAUAUGGUUUGGGUGGCGGCAUUCCAAGACGUAGUGCACCUAUAUUACAAAAGAUUCAAGAAGUAACUGAUGAUGGGAAAUACUGUUUAGUACUGGAAUUUGAAGCCAAAUCGUUGGGGCUAUCAGAUUUUGAGAAGAGGCAGGCAAAAUUCACCUCCUUUUUCGGUCCUGGGAUUGAGGCUAAAAUCGGAAAAGGUGGUGACGAUCUAUAUGAAGUUCGCCUUAUCUCGGAGACCACCGAGGAAGAGUGACAGCGUUUGCGACCCGAUUCUCUGCUACUAAUAUUCAACAAAUGAUCUUUAUUUCCUUUUCUCUCUAAUUUGCAUAUAAUCUCUUGUUAUUGUAAAAAUAUAUAUUUAAUUUUGCUUCUGAGCUUUGUAUGAAGUUCUAAAUCUAGCAUCGUAUGCUUCAUUCACAUAAAAAAGACUAUUGUAAUAAAGAUUUAAAUUGACUUGA